AUGAGUAAUCAAGUGAUUGUCAAGAAUAUCUCUUUGGAAGUUACCGAGAAGCAAAUUUCGGAUUUCUUUUCCUUCUGCGGAAAGGUUUCCAGCAUCUCGACUUUCAAGGAAGGAGAGACUCAAACUGCUAAAAUCCAGUUCGAACGCCCUAGUGCUACAAAGACUGCUUUACUUUUGCAAGAUGCCCUUUUAGGACAGAACAAAAUUCAAAUCAGCAGUAGUGAUGCUCCAGCUAGCGCUGGUAGCACCCAUGACAAAGGUGGUGCUGGUGGAGACCAAGCUGCUAGCCAGGAAGAUAAGCCUCGAUCUGCAAUUAUUUCUGAACUUUUAGGUCGUGGCUAUCAUUUAAGCGAUGUAACUUUGGAGAAGGGUAUACAGCUAGACCAAAGUCUUGGUGUUUCGUCCAAAUUCAAAGGUGUUCUUGAAAGCGCGUUGUCUAGCGUUCAUUCCAUGAAUGAGCGCUACCAUGUCACAGAGAAAGCCAAUGAAGUUGAUAGCAAGCUUUCUAUAAGUGACACCUAUAAACGCACUACUUCUCUCUUCAGUAACUACUUCAACAAGGCUUAUGAAACCGCCGCCGGUACGUCAGCUGGCCAAAAGGUUCAUAGCGUUUAUGAUUCUGGCAAAAGCCAAUUGCGAGGAAUUCACAGUGAAGCUCGCAAAGUUGCUGAUUCCAAGGUCCAUGGGGAAGAUGCUACUACUGGACAUACCGAAGCGCCUGCCGCUCCUGUCGCUCCUGCCCAACCCUCUGUCGACACUAAGAUUUCCGAGUAA